AUGGAAAUUGAAUGCAGCCCUCGGACCUGGUUGCAGGAUUAUCAUGAAGCAGUGUUAAAUGAAAGCAUUGUGAGACAUCUCCGCUUUGGGCAAUAUAUAUAUAGCUUCCCAGGGAGGGUACGGCUAACCUGGCAAUGCCCAGGGCAGGCUCUCCUCAUCCCGAGUGUGUCCCGGGACAGGCUCUCCUCAUCCCGAGUGUGUCCCGGGACAGGCUCUCCUCAUCCCCAGUGUGUCCCGGGACAGGCUCUCCUCAUCCCCAGUGUGUCCCGGGACAGGGCCUCCUCAUCCCGAGUGUGUCCCGGGACAGGGCCUCCUCAUCCCGGGUAUGUCCCGGGAGAGGCUCUCCUCAUCCUGAAUGUGUCCCGGGACAGGCUCUCCUCAUCCCCAGUGUGUCCCGGGAGAGGCUCUCCUCAUCCCCAGUGUGUCCCGGGACAGGCUCUCCUCAUCCCCAGUGUGUCCCGGGGCAGGCUCUCCUCAUCCCGAGUGUGUCCCGGGAGAGGCUCUCCUCAUCCCGAGUGUGUCCCGGGACAGGGCCUCCUCAUCCCCAGUGUGUCCCGGGGCAGGCUGUCCUCAUCCCGAGUGUGUCCCGGGACAGGGCCUCCUCAUCCCGGGUGUGUCCCGGGGCAGGGCCUCCUCAUCCCCAGUGCGUCCCGGGUAGGCUCUCCUGGUCCCGGCUGCCGCCUCCUCCCGUGCCGGUCCCGCGGCACCAGUAGAUGGAGCUCCAGGAUCCCGAUUGCUGCAGGGACCGUGAAAUGGGAGUGGAAGGGCCCGGGGACACCUUGCUGUGUUCCUGUGGAGCUGCCGCUUGCCCUUUGCUAUGCCGAUGAACUUGAGCUGGGAAAUGGAUGCGAGCGAGGCGCUUCUCCGGAUCUGAGAAGUCAGGACUGUUUACUUUUGUUGGUCUUAAGUUUCUGGCAAGGUACACAGACAAUUUUGACUUGGACCUUUCAGUGGAAGGACACAGAGACAAUUCAGUGAGUCUCCUCUGUGCAGGCUACCAAUGGAAUAAACAAAGAAUGGCCCUGUACAAGUCAGGUCAGCUCAGCCCAGACAAAAUGAAGGUAAGUUACAGUGCAGGCAGGC